AUGGACUUCAAGGGCCACUUGGCUUCCGCCGUGGCACUUAACGUCACACUGAAGCUGCUGACGUUCACGCUGACCACCCUGCUCACCCGUCAGCUCGCCCCCAACGAAAGUGGCAUCAAUUUCUCCUGUCAGCUGUACUUUAACACCGUUCUCUUUCUCGCACGCGACUGCGUUCGGAGUGUGAACGCCCGAAAAAACCUGCGGGAGAGGGCAGAGGAUGGAAAGUUGGUUCUGCAGGUGAUGAACUGCGCCAGUGCCUCUCUUCCCCUUGGAAUUGCGGUCAUGGUGACGCUGGAGCUGCUGCCUCUGUGCGGCAUUCGUGUGUUUCCCUCGUUAGUCGCACUUCCGCGGGUGGGGGACGUCGCCGCCGCGGUGGGGCUGCCGGAGCUCCUCUUGGCCCUGAGCGUCGUCGUUUCUCUCACGGUGGAGCCGUGCGUCGCGCUGGUUCUGGCGUUUGACUACGCACGGAUUAUUGUCACCUCCGAAUUCUGGGCGUUGCUGUCACGCCUGGUGGCGUGUUUGCUUUUCCUGCGGGCGCGUGGGGGCCUGGGCGGGGAUUUGUACAACGCGCGCCUCUGCUUCGCGAACGGGUACUUGACGUACGCGACUGCGACCGCAGUGUACUUUUUCUGGCUCUGGAAUCGCCGUAGCUGCCGCGGGCGCAAGGAGCAUGAGGCGGCCAAAAACGAGGAUCUCCUGCAGAAGGCUCGGAGAGGCGCAAUCGCGGCACGGUGGGGUGCAGCACGGCCUGCGGCCGCGUCUCCCGUCUCCUUCUCGCUGUGGUUGCGAGCGUCUCUGCCGUGGUGUUUCCUUUCAUGGCGCGCCGCGUGGGCGGAGGCGACGAGGGAGACGCUGCUGCUGCGCCAAUUUUUGCGAGAGAGUUGUCUGCGGCUUUUACUCUCAGAAGGGGAACACUUCGCUCUCGCAGCGGUUGCCUCGGCGACGGUGAUGGGGGAGUACGAUCUUGUCUCCAGCCUCGGCGCCAUCUUCGCCCGCCUCAUUUUUCGCGUGUGGGAAAAUGCCUGCUUUGUGAAGUGGAGCCGUGACGCUGCGAAGGGCAAAGGAGAGGAGGCCAUCAGCCUGCUUGUCACAAUGCUGCGGGUUGCCUCCUAUUUUGGCGCGGCAGUGGUGCUGCUGGCGCCACCGCUUGCCGAGGGACUUCUCCUGGGGCUCUUUUCCCGCCGCUGGGCCUCCCCUGUUAUGGUGCGGGUGCUGCAGCUGUACUGUUACCUGCUGCCGCUUUUGGCCUGGUAUGGGCUGCUAGACGCGUUUGUGCGGGCGACGGCGUCGGCAUCGACGCUGCGGCUAACGCAGCGUGUGAUGGUGGCGCAGGCCGCGAUGUACGCCAUUGCCUGCUAUGUGGUGCUGCGCCUGCGCUGGGUCGUUGAUGACCCGGCGACGGGGCUAAUUGCAGUGAACAUCGCCGCUAUGGCCCUGCGCUGCGCCUCGGGGUUGUGCCUGCUGCUGGUGGGGCCCGGCGAGGGGCCGCCCCGCCUGCGGCUGUGCGACCUAAAAGCCGUCGUCCCCCGACGGAUCGCGCUGGCGUGGGCGGUUCUCUUCGCCUACACCCGGUGGGCCCCGUGGGGGCCGGCCACCGCGCUGACGGCGGCCCCCCUGUUUGCGUGGGCCCUGCUGCGGUGGGACCCGGAGCUCCGCCGCGGGGCGCUGAACGCGCUGCGCCGCUGA